AUGCGCCGACCUGAGCGCAUCUCGCCGCCUGCCGGCAGGCGCGUCUCGCAGCACAGCGCGCCGCGCGCCGGUGCUCCUACCAUUAGCAGCAACUGCAACGACAACUACAUCCCCGGGCUCUCUCUCUCAUCCACUCUCCAAGUUCCAGCGUCCCAUAUCUACUACCAGUAUUGGCCUAACCACUCCCACGCCAAGAGGCCCUUGACGCAACUUCGCCACAAGCCUUGGGUUCCCUCUUCGCAGAACUUCUCGCCUACUAAGGUCCAGGAAGAGGGUGACGUCAAUGCGCCGCGGCCCUCGCCUGAGAAGUGUCGCAGCUUCAUCAGCACUGCUCGCAGAAAGUCAAUUCUCGUCCGAAAAGACUCGGAUACUCCUGCGGCAGAUGGAGACAAGACUCCAGACUCGCCCAAGGUCUCCCGCAGGGGCAUGGCCCUGAUCAGCGACAACGACCCCUUCGCGGACGACAUGAUGAGCUUGGUCAUGCGCAGCGAGGUAAUGCCGGGUAUGGCGCUGGAACCUUUGACAUGGCGAGCGGCUUUCUGCCGGAAGGCGGCGAGGAGGAAGUCGAACAGAAGCCUUCCAACAUUACAAGUUCAUUUUGGCCUUUGCAUGCCUACUGUCCAAGACCCGUCGGUCGCAGGCAUCCUGAAACACAAGGCACGCAAUGGAAAAGUUCCCCCGAUUGGGCUGCUAGGUGGCUGCACAAUCGUUUGUACUUUAUGA